CUAACGAAUAAAUCAUAGUUGAUCCCGUAGAAACAUCUCUGUUCCCCAGCGUUCUUUCUAGGGUUUAUCCCUAGCGUUUUUUUCCGGCGGCUUGGGCGCGUGGGGAGUGUGAUCAGCGUUAGUGUUUGACGAUUGUGGUGCCCCUGUUGCGACGAUCACUCCUUCCUGAAGAGCUACAGAAGCAGAGGGUUCGGUGAUCGAAUUAUGCUGGCCUUCCCUCAAUGUAGGUUUUGUAACCUCCGUCAAUUUUGUGCGGAUCAGACGAUGGCGAGCAAAGGAGUUCGAAGCGGAAACAGAGAGAAGGCGUUGCAGAGGAAAGAGCAGGAGUGGGGCGGCAUCUCCUCACAGUCGAUCGGAGGGAACCACGGCGAGGAUGACGAGCGUUCCGCGGCUGAUCCUGUUUGGGCAAAAGAAGAUGAAGAGAUGUUGAUUCUCCCCCCUCCUGAACCGCCGCCAUGGAGGCAUUGUGCGACUAGGGUUUGGAAGACUAUCUCUAUUUUUGUUUUGGUUUAUUUGUGUUUUACUUCGAAUGUUAUGUUGUUUUGUUUGUCACACACACUUAUUUGUGUCAGACUCUUACAUUAGGUAGGGGUGAUGAGGUUUUUGCUCUGGCCAUGUUAGGCUCAUAUAGACCCAUUAUAGGAUCUGCGAAUCAUAUUGCUCUGUUUAGGGUGAUUGGUUCUCAGGUUGGUUCGAGAAUCGGUGGCUGGAAUUGUUCUCUUUAUCUCUUUUGUCACUUGGUGAAUGUUUUAUUAUCAAUAUAAGCCGCCUUUUUCCAAAAAAU